UGUCAGAAUUUUGUCUGUUGUCGGUCAAAGUAUUUUUAAUUUUAUUUGGGUGUAAGUUGUUUAUUAGUUGUGCGUUUAAAACUCUUACGAUUCCUUUAGCAAUGUUUUUGAAUUGACGACAAAGUAAACCUGUAUAACAUGACAUUAAAAAAUGAAGAUUUACAAGAGCACACCAAAAGGUUACGUUUUAAGAAUGUUAACCAAACUAACUCCGGAGAGUUUACGGAUAGAGCGAUUAAAGAGAUAAAAAGCAAAGAUAGUGAAAAAAAUGCUUCACUGUUUACAUUUCUGCAUGUAGAACUUACUAGAGGCUAUUUAUUGGAACACGAUGAAGAAAGAUUCUCAGCGAGACGAGAGAAGGUGUAUUCAUUUAUUAAAAUACCACAAGAAUUGGAGAAAUUUAUUGCAUAUGGAUUUUUCCAAUGUGCCGACUCGCUACUGUUCAUUUAUACAUUUCUUCCUUUAAGAUUUAUAAUGGCGUUUUGGUCCUUUUUGGAAAGAUUAUUUAGAAGAUGUUUUGGGUUCUGCUCAAACUCCCAUAGAAGUAUACUAAAACCGGCUGAGACAUGUGAUGUACUUAAAGGAUUCAUACUCUUAAUAUGUAGUAUAUUAAUGUGUUAUAUAGAUACCAAUAUGAUGUAUCAUCUAGUGAAGAGUCAGAGUGUUAUGAAGUUAUAUAUAUUCUAUAAUAUGUUAGAGGUUGGAGACAGGUUGUUUUCAGCGUUUGGACAAGAUACAAUCGAUGCAUUGUUCUGGACAGCGACAGAACCAAGAGAUAGAAAACGGGAACAUUUGGGUGUUAUACCACACUUGAUUUUUGCUAUGAUAUAUGUCUUUCUCCACAGCCUACUAGUUUUAUUUCAAGCGACCACACUCAAUGUGGCAUUCAAUUCCAACAACAAGAGUCUACUCAUCAUUAUGAUGUCCAAUAAUUUCGUAGAGCUAAAAGGCAGCGUAUUCAAAAAAUUUGACAAGAACAACCUCUUCCAAGUGUCUUGCAGUGACGUCAGAGAGAGGUUACAUCUCUCCGUACUACUGUUUAUAGUAGUGCUACAGACUAUGAAGGAAUAUGUGUGGAAAGAGGAGCGGUUUUGGAUUUUGGCGCCAGACUGUGUGCUUGUGUUGACGUUUGAGGUUAUUAUUGAUUGGGUGAAGCAUGCCUUUAUAACUCGUUUCAACGAGAUCCCCUACGGCGUGUACCGCGAGUACACAGUGAGCCUAGCGUACGAUGUUGCCCAAACUCGACAGAAAUAUGCGUUCAGCGAUCACUCGGACUUAGUAGCGAGGCGGAUGGGCUUUAUACCACUUCCUUUAGGGGUGGUUAUCACGAGAGUGUUGGUGCACGCUGUUAAGGUUGACGGAUUCGCGGCAAUAUUCCUAAUCUUCCUAGCGUACAUAUGCCUGAUAACAGUGCGGGUAUUGAUAUCGAUAGUGAUACUGGGCAAAGCGUGCGACCUCAUCACCUUGCACCAAAGCGAAAAGACUGACAGCCAUCAGACUACGCCUAAACGAGAGCACAAAGACUUCAAAGAGAUCUACACACACAAAACGCCAGAAAGCGAGCCGCCCGAUAAGAAGCAGCAGUUGAAGUUUUUGGUGCCCAGUGAUACCAUUAAAAGCGAACCGCGUGUAGACUCGACGGGUGCGGCGGCCAUUUUCUCCAACAGUGCCAUAGACCUGAACGGCGUAUGUUAUCUCAACGAUAAUCUCGCUGAGAUCAAACACGAGCCUGAUUAUGAUAAUGAGCUGGUGGACGUAACCCGCAGUGCGCCAGACAUAAAUAAAUCCACAACAACAACAACAGAGAGCACAGAGCGCUCGAUCUCACCGGACGGCGACACGCUCAAGCGACGCUCUGAGUCCGAACCGAACCUCGCUAAAGCGGACGAUGAGACCAGCUAGAUAAGUGGCUUGUUAAUUAGUCGACAGUUGUAUACGAUUUCAGUGUAAAAGUGAUUAUUGACAGUGACAUUUGUAAAAAAAAUUAGGUGUUGCCAGUUUUUUGGGGGGUCAAAAAAUAAUAAUUCAUCCACCCAUCUUCAUAAAACGCGUAUAUAAUCAUGGGGUUAUGUACCAAUUUGGAUCCGAUAUUAGCAAGUAUUGAAAGAAUGGAAGGUCGAUGGAUCGAACUUGCCUAAAGAGUACGACGAGAGCAAAUAGAGAAGUGUUGCUUGUUUAUAACCUGAUUGUUAAUAACUAAACUCACAAUCGGCCAAAAAGUCAACAAAAAAUGUUCGAGUCGACUUGUAUAUAACAUACAUUCAAAUUAGCACCUUAUAUCCUUGCAGUAAGGUUCAAAAUUUGUUGUGUAAAUACACUCAUUACGAAACUGCCUAAUACAUGAUAAGCAAAGUUUUUCUUUAGACAGUUUUUGAACGUGAUUGUGAGUCUAAUUGUUUAUUGUGUAAAGUUUUUCACCCAAUCUGACUGAAUUUGACGAUGAGAGUAAAAUAAUAAUUUGUAACUUGCCAAGUAGUUUGCGUUCAUUAUUCGACACAUUGAUAUAUAUACGGAAAGUGGACUGACUAAAGCGGACAGGGAAAGUAAUCGAAUAAGUGACUAGUUGAUUACUUGACAUGUACAUUUGUUUGUACAAAUGUGAUACUCUAAAGAUUUUCAGAAUGGGAACGCGUGUAGAAUUUAGAAUUGGGUGAAUAAUUAAGGCCUAUUCAAACUAUUGCCUGUUUUCUACUGAUACGGAUCGGUACGCGAUUAGAGUCUCUAUAAUAUUCUAUAUAAGAGAUUUAAUAGCGUACCCAUCGGGAUACCGCUACCCACGACGGUAGCGGAUACCGCUGUACUUUGAUUAGGCCAUUAUGGUCAGAAUGUACCCAACCUAACAAGUGGUGCUUGUUAAUUAAACAUUUGUAAAGAUUUGCGGGAAUUAAAUAUUUUUAUGUAAUUGAACAAAUAUGAGCCAUAUUCUGAACGCUUAAUGAAUUUAAAAACGGAUGUAAACUGUCAUUGUUAUAUACUGAUAUAACUAUUUAAAUUUUGAAUUGGAAUAAAGCAGCAUUGGCUUUUAAUAUACUAGGUAUUUUAAUGUUGUAGGUAGGUUUUUUUUAAAUAAUUUCACUUUGAGUUUAAUGCACUCCAUGACCUACCUAUGUCGCUAUUUAUUUUUAUAAAAGGUAUUAUUUGUAACAAUACAUUUUAUAAUGUUUUAUUUAUUAACUUAAGGCUUAUGUUUCUGUUUAUAAAUAUUGCAGCCUUGUUCUUGUUGUAUAUUUUAUACAUUUUAUUGUUCCUACUGUUAUUUUAUCUGUAGUCUUUUUAAAUUGCGGUUAUAUUUGUGUGUGUUCAAGUAAAUAUUUAUUAGCAUAGUCUUUAUAAUUUUUGCAUGCUCCUUCCUGGAUUAUGCUGUCGAAGAAUUUAAAUAAAUAAAUUAAUUAUAAUUAGAUAGAUAUGUGAAAUAAUAUUAAAUAAUGACUCAGUGCGCACACCUUGCGCGGUCGAUGGCAGUACCGAGACUAUAUCAUCGAGCUACUGACUCAAGGAAUAUAAACCACAGCAUGGCCCGUAACCCCAUGCAUUUCAUAUUGACAGUUGAAUAUCGACAUUAUGUUGUACACCAUAGAGUACAUUGUAAUACGAAGGUAUAGCCACAUAACAACUACUCUGUUAUAAUUCUCUCAUUGCCUUUGUUCCUUAUAAUUUAACCAACUUUCACAAAAUAGUAUCUUGUUUGCUUUGAUUGUAUGUAAUUUAUAAUAUUUGAAAGCAAGUAUGCACAUAACCGUAGAUUAGAUAAAAUUAUUUUGUAAUGAAAUGCGAAUUUUAUUAGGAACUGUAACCUAGUCUUAGGUUAAUUGGUGCGAGAUUCAUUUCAUACUAUGUUGAGUAAUAAGCUAUAAUUUUUAAGCUAUUGCAUAGAUUCUAUCGCGGGCCUUGAGCGCGGGGACCGAAUCCAGAAAUUGCGUAACGAAAAACCUCACGCUCCCCACUCCGACGGGCACGGAGGUGGAGGCUUGAAGGCAUGCUAUGCAAUAGCUUUACCGCGGCAGUCCUCGAGUGCCACACUUAUUUUUUAAGAUUUUUUUUGUUAAAAGUUUCGGUUCUGUGAGAUUUGUGGUAAAUUGGAAACGAAUUGAAAGUGCUCUAUGUAAUUAUAAGAAAUUAUUUUGCAAAUUUGUAGUGUUUUAUUGAUAGAAAGGCCUUAAUAAAUUAUAAACAUAUACUAUAACAAAACUACAGCUUACUCAAACAUGUACAUGUCCUUUUAUAUCCAGAUUAAUUCAUUAUUUAUAACACAAUUUUGCAUUCAAGUAUAGUAAAUAUAUUACGUUUUAAAUCCUUAAAAAUAAUUCACUAUAUAAUCGUUAAUAUCUAAUAAAAUAUAUAACAACUGGUUUAGACCUUUAGUGAUAUAAUGUGAGUAAAAAGAAAAUAUAUUGUUAGUUUUAAGACUGAUUAACUUGGGUGCUUAGAAGAAUAAUUAUUGAAAUAUUAGAUUCUAACAUGCCAACAAUAUGUUUAAAAUAAAUUAUUAUGGGGCUGUUUGGUUGUAUAUUUUUUAUGUAUGAAUCAAUUAAUACUAAGAGGUGUUUCAUUUUGUGUUUGAAGUAUAGUAUAGGGCGUUGUUUACAUUUAUUUAUUGACAAUUAUUUAUAUAAAAUGCGAUUUUUUCGUAUUUGUUUUUUUCUGAUCAAAAAGAAACAAAACAUCUCAUUUACCAUGGAUGUUAUUCUAAAAUAAACCUAAAAAUCGUGCGAUAGGGCACAUAUUAAUAAAAUGCUGAAUUUAUUUUUUAAGUUAGUUUUCAUUAAAAUGAAGCUGUCCAAUAAAAGACAUAGUUUCCUUGUGUGUACUGUAGCUAUCGGUUUAAAUGUGUGGGUUUUGGCGACAAUGGUUUUCAUACUAAUUAUGACAUUGUAGCAGUUCUAGUGUCUUUUUAUUUAGAUUACUAUGAAUAGGACAAAACAUCUCCGUAAAAACGGAUAGAUAGCAUUCUUCUUCAAAGAAAUAUAUCACAGAAAUUACAUUAUAAUGUAUAUUGUAAGCUAUUUCCAUCUCCUUCGGACAUUGUAAAACUUCAUUUUUUUGUUUGGUCUCCACAAUUCGAACGAGGUUUGUUUUUUAAGUAGGUAUUUAUUUUAUAAAAUAGCUUGUGUAAAUACAAAUAAACUUAUAAGUUUAUA